UUGAGAAAAAGCUGUCAAGCAGUAAACAGAGCUUAGUAAAGUUCUGUAGGGUUUCUGAGAGUUACCUGAGUUGGUCUUGGUUUUGGAUGAUCCUUCUUUAUGGCUGUAAAGGAGAUUUGUGUUUGGAAAGUGCUCAUUUUAGUCCUUUUCCUCUUUGCUGUUGAGGGACAGAGAUCAGGACCAUCCUUCAUGGUGACGUUCCCUGCAGUGAUUGAGUCCGGCUCUGAUGCCAAAUUGUGUGCAAGUCUUUUAAAACCCAAUGAGAGUCUUGCAAUGACUGUUUCUCUGCUUGAUGACAAAAACAAGACGACUCAACUUGUGCAGCAGAGAUCUUCAACAGAGUUUCACCGCUGCUUUACUUUCCAGGCACCUCAAGUAGAUGGAGAAUCAGUGCAGAAGUUGAAGGUGGUAGUUCAAGGAAGGGUCUUCAAAAUGACCGAAGAGAGGAAAGUCAUGUUCAGAUCUUACCUACCUUUGACCUUCAUCCAAACAGACAAACCCAUCUACAAUCCAGGACAAACGGUGAAUUUUAGAGUUGUGACCAUGAAUGCCACACUUGUGCCCCUUGAUGCAAUGUACAGUCUGGUGGAGGUGGAGGACAAUAAUAAUAACCGGAUUGGUCAGUGGACAAACGUUUCCUCAACGAGGUGGAUAUUGCAGCUUUCUCAUGAGUUAAACCCAGAGGCUCAGAUAGGGAUGUACACACUAAAGGCUUUUAUUGGUGACCGAGAGAUCUCCCAGGUUUUUGAGGUGAAAAAAUAUGGCCUACACAAUGGAAGAUAUUUGGAAAAAUGUUUGUAACCCAGCAGAUCUCACCCCCUGCAACUUAUCAACAUAACACCACAGACACUAAUAAAGUGUGACACAUGAAAUUAUUAAAAUUCUUAAAGUUAAAUUUUGACAAGAAUGUACUCCUGGGCUGCGUUCAACCCCGACAAAAUGUUGCAAAACGUUUUUUAAACGGAAACGGUGGUGCGUUGAACACCCUGUUCUGAUGACGCAGGAGUUGCAACUAUGGCAGCUGAGAAGGCCAUUCUUUGUGUUCUUUUUGAAGAAUUUUCAGAGCCUGAUGAAAUCGGUAUAAAGAUGUUUAAUACUUCAAAAUACGCUCUGUUACAGUCACUGCCCUUGCCAUCCAGAAUAAAAGAGAACAUCCCAAUCGAGUAAAGGGAUUUGUGGGAACUUUUAAUUGUGAUACAACAUUUGUCUCUCUUUUCAGCAUGAAAAGACAAACAUUUCAGGUGAAGGAUAAUCCAUUUCUUACCUCUGAGACUGUUAUGAUAUAUUAUUUUUAUUGUGAGUAUUAGGCUUAUCAUUAUUGAUGAUCACUGUUGUUGUGCUAUUGUAAUAUUUAGCCUACCACUAUAUAAUCAGAGGAGAAUAUAAAUUUAUUAAAGUGUCACUUCACAAUACAAUAGCAAAAUAUAUAAGUAUAGUAUUUUUAUAUUACAUUAAUACUCAUUGUGCAGGAUGUCUCUUUAAUACCGCGUGGUUCAUAUACAUCCUGCCGCUCGUAUACAUCCUGUCAUUUCUGACACACCCACCAAACAAGAGAAAAUGUAUCUCAAACCUGUUGCACACCGUUUCCAGGAAACAUGUUGUUCAACCCGGAAAACGUAGCAAAACGUUGCGCACUGGUUUGAGCUUGAACGUGCCCCUGAUGCACCCCUCAGAUCAGUCAGCACCUGCAAUGACCUUUACACACA